AUGUCACCCACCGGGGCCACUGCCAGUCUACAGUCCAACUUGAACACAUCUUCAGAACCACCAGACUCCUUACACUCAUCAUGGCCGAUCCCGACUCAUCCCCCAGCAUCUGCACCUGCACCGCCCGCAUCAGCUGCGCCCCUUCCUAAAUACACCCACUUCUACACCGUCUCCCACCUAAUCUUCUUCUCCUUCCUGGGCACACUGGCCCGCCUAGGCCUGCAGGCAUUGACAUUCUACUCGGGCGCACCUGUUGUAACAGGUGUCCUCUGGGCAAAUGUCGCCGGUAGCCUGGUGAUGGGGUUCCUCGCGGAAGACAAGAAGCUAUUUCGCGAGGAAUGGGGUACAAAACCAAGUAAAGAAGCAACAGUCGAAACCAGCGACAGAAGCAGAACCCACAAAGCCGUUAAGAAAACCAUCCCAUUGUACAUCGGGCUGACGACUGGUUUUUGCGGCUGCACCACCUCCUUCUCCUCGUUUAUCCGCGACGUUUUUCUCGCAUUGGCAAAUGCUCUACCCGACCCGUCGCUACCGGAAGCCACACACAUCGCACCCCGUAAUGGUGGAUUCAGCUUUAUGGCGCUGUUAGCCGUCAUCCUGCUCACGGUUUCGCUGGGCCUGUCAGCGCUGGUUUUCGGCGCUCAUCUGGCGCUGGCGUUGACUCGGUUCACGCCAACCGUGCCCUUUGCGUUCACGCGACGCGUACUAGACCCUCUCGUGGUCGUGUUGGCCUGGGGCUGCUGGCUCGGUGCUAUUUUCCUGGCUAUCUGGCCGCCGGAUCGACACAGGGGUCCGGAUGUGUGGCGCGGUCGGGCGGUCUUUGCUCUUGUCUUUGCGCCGGUUGGGUGUCUUUUUCGAUUUUAUGUUUCGUUGCAUCUCAAUGGCCGGAUUCCUUCGUUUCCACUCGGCACGUUUGUGGCCAAUAUCUUUGGCACUGUUGUCUUGGGUAUGUGCUAUGACCUGCAGCAUGUUCGCGGGCUUGGGGCGGUUCCUGCUGCUCUGACAGGGUGCCAGGUGUUGCAGGGCGUUAUGGAUGGGUUCUGUGGGAGUGCGACUACUGUUAGCACUUGGGUUGCUGAGUUGUAUGGGUUCGCUCGUCGACGCCAUGCGUAUCUAUAUGGUGUUGUCAGCGUGGUUGUUGCUCUGGGGUUUUUGGUUAUUAUCAUGGGCUCUUUGCUUUGGACGAGGGGAUUUGCUGAGCCUGUGUGUAUAUGA